AUGGAUGAAGAAUUCGCUACGCCACCACGGCGUUUAACUCCAAAGCGACUUCAUCGUAAAGCUGAUUCAUCUCCUGAAAUGUUACUACAACAACAACAGCGUCUGAAACGUGAAAUGAAUUUUACACGUGAUUUAAUUGACUUUGAUCUGAUUAAAGGAUCAGCACUCUUUCAUACAAAACCUACGAGUCAUGAUCGGAAACUUGUACAAGAAGGUUUUACACGUGCAUUGUUUGUACCAUUCCAUGCUAAAUUCUGGAGCCAUAAGCCAUGGUUUUAUCAAACAGCCACGGCUCUCUAUCUCUUACAUCUUGUGGCAAUGUGUAUCUAUAUCUUCCAUCACAAGGCCACGUCGCCACAUAAUUCAUUUGAGGUAUUCUUUCCUAUUUUUCUACUGCUUCUCGUAGCUAUUGGCUAUGGCCGCGUAUCAAGUGCAUUGCAGAUGCCAGAUAUUGUGGAUCCAGCAUGUAAGAUCCUAUCGCCUGUGGUGAAACAGGCUAUGGAAAAUGUUUGCGGAUCGGAUUCCGACAAUUCUCACUUGACCUCAGGACUUGGAUCAGCAUUGGCUGAAUCGGAAAAUUCCGAUGGCACGGAUAGUGAUGAAGAAAGUGGUCAUUCAUCCUCAUCCAGUGAUGAAUCGAAUCCCAAUGACGCUAUGUUCCCGCACACAAGCAGCUCCGCUCCGUCUUCUCCCAAACGUGUACUACGACGUUCACUUGGCAAACCACCAAUGUCAUUGCCGCCACGUGUGCCACUAGGGAUGAGACUGGAGCGUGACGACCAGUUUGCUAGAAGACGCGUGACUGUCUGUGUAUGGGAAGAAGGCUCUCCCGUAAAGCGCGCUAUGUCAAUCACUGAGCUACGGGAUACCAUUCUUGCAAAGGUUAAAGCCACACCUGUCCGGAUGUUUUAUCGUAAGGUCGCAGAGUUAUCUGCGAUAGUGCUUGCACUGGUACCAAUUGCACUGCGAUGUGCAACAAAGUGUCAGGAAUAUAAUUGUCUUACUGUGACGCAAGAACCGCUUGAUAUGCUCAUGUGGAUAACUCAAUUAUCCAAGGAGCUAUCUGUGGAUCGGCUCUGUAUGCAUUCUCAAGAGCUUGCAUCUGGAGCGUCCAUUAUUUCAAUUUCGUGUAUGCUGUCGACAUAUUAUUUGGCGUCAAUCAUUUUUGCUGCUCUCGCAGACGCUGAAGUCACGUACCACCGUCGAUUCUUAUACGCCAAAUGCUUCACGGCGUUAACGUCUUCACGACGCUCGCGUUUGGCAAACCUGCCUCACUUCCGGUUGAAGAAUGUGAUGAAUAUAAAAGCGUGGAUCUCGCUACGUGGUGGCCGCACUUGGCUGAAACGUCAAGGCCGCCAACGCGCAGCCGAUGAGAUCGUCUCGACGUCGUUCCUUAUCAUCCUCGUACUGCUUGUCGUCAUGGGAAUGCAGGCGGUAUCAGAUGGAUCCGGCUCGCUAGCAGCUGAAAGUAUCGUUGGGAUUGAAGUGGCCAUUUGGUGUAUGCUAUGCUCAGUGUUCAUGUUGCGUUUCAUGAUGCUGGGAUCUAACAUUAACAAGAAGUACCAAAACACGUCGCUGCUUUUGACGGAGCAGAUGAACGUUUAUCUUCGUCUGCUGGCUAAGCCGCACAAGAAAGAAAAGCUUCUAGUCUCUAAUAACGUGCUGAAGCUCGCGUGUAAACUGCUAAAGGAGCUGAACUCACCUAACAAGGUGUCAGGCUUGACCAUGAACCCACUGCUGUACAACAUUACGCGUGUGGUGGUUUUAUCAGCCUUUUCGUCGACGGCAUCGGACUUUUUCGGCUUCAAGCUGAAACUAUGGAAGCUCAAAGCGUAG